UGGAUUUCUGUAAUACAACGAUACUCACCAAUUUUUAAAUUGCCACCAACUAUACCAUACAGUUUCAAGGACAGCUUCACCAUCAUGCUGUGAAACGCCAGAUCAUUGGAGAAUUUUCAAGAACUUCUUCACGAACAUACACUUUCGUUAGAUUGUUACCCAACAAACAUUUAGACUUUUUGACAAACGAACACGUAAAGUAUAACAAUGUCGGACUUUAUGCCUCGAGAUAUGCUUCCCGACCUGUGGGAGGAGAUCCUUAAACGUCACUGGACAUAUUUGGAAACAGACGGAAGCAUUCAAAAGAUUGAGGAAGGAAAAAAAUUAGAGAAUUGCCUUAAGGAGUUUCUUUGCAUUGUGCCUCAUGAUCGUAAAUUUUUUCUUCCCGAGACUGCUCACGUUCUCAGGAAAUCGAUACGGGAAAUGGAAGAGUUUAAUGCGUAUAAAGCAAUCAUUGGCUUUCGUUCCAUCAGUCACUAUGCAAAUAACUUGUUUACAAAACCUUGGCGAAAAGAGUUUAGAGUGUUAAAGAUGUAUUCCGGUUUCUAUCAGCAUGAAAUUAAAUCAAAUUUGUUUGAUGCUGAAAAACUUUUCGAGGCUAUGGGCUACAGACAGGUUUCUGAUGAAAUUCUUCUACUAGAUGGUCCUAUCUGCCCCGAUCAAGUAACAAACGUAUCGCGCGAUGCAAUGGCGGCUUAUGUUGAGUGCCAAAUAAUGGAACAUAUUUACGCAGGAUUGAUUGCACUAGGGCUGACAUGUUCUUGGCAAGAUGUUUUUAGUUUUCGAGAGAAAUUUGUUGGCGGAUCCACACAAGCAAUCAAAGGUUUGGCUUAUGCUAUUCAAGAAAAGCGGCUGCGAAAGGAAAAACUUAUAAAUGUUGAUAAUUGUUACGCUAGCUUGCAACAUUCAUCACAAACUUUAAAUAUCACUCCGACAACUUCUGAGUGUCCGAAUUGUGCUCUUUAUAAUCGUAUGCCAUCGCAUCCGCAAUACCCUAGGCAUACGGACAACUAUGGCACAUGUGCUCUUCAUGCACCAGCAUCGACAACAGUGCCAAAUCAUUUAUACAAUGGGAAUAGCAAAAUGCCUUCUUACCCAAUAUCAGGAUACCAACACUCGCAGCCCGCUGCGUAUGGAGUAUCCCCUGCAGGCAUGCAACACUCACGAAGCUUGGAGCAUUAUAGUGAAGCUGUGCCGCAAUUGCCACAUAGACAUUCAUUUGAUCAUCAGCAGAAAGGUUGCACCGCACAUCAUUACAAACUCCCACACCAGUUGCCAUCGCAGCACGUCUACGAAUUACCUUAUGAUUGCCUGGAUGGCGCAAGUAUGGGCGGUAGUAGCAUUUCCUAUGCAGCUGUGGUUGCGUCCGGUGGCGGUUCCAAUAAUGGUAUUAAUAACUGUGGAAUAAAUGCCGCUUACUGUCAUCCCUACAACGUUUCAGGCAAUCGUUAUCCACUCCCUUACAACAUUUCAAAUCAACUAAAUUCGCAUUACGCGACUCCUAAUGCCACGUGCAAUGGCGUUAAAGGAGAUCCCUACAAUAAUACAGACAACAGCGUUUAUGCUUCCGUGUCGAAAUCACACAAUUGCAAUUACCAUCAACCGCCAUUGCAGCCAAUGCGUCAAUCGUCUGUAGUAGCUGGCGGUAAAGAUUUUCAAACAUACCGACAACGAUCCUUUCCACCAGAUCAGCAGUUAAUUGAAUUUGAUGAUCGUGCUCCGCUAACCUCGCAUGACUUCCACGCGCAACUACAUGGUCUACCGCACUGCAAUUCAUUUGAUUAUGACCGAGAGCGGGAACGCGAUAGAAUGCUAGAACAGCAGCGACGAUUGAAUCGUGGAACAAACAUGUCCUCAGCGUACGCCCAGCCGAAAGACAUUGUAAUGAGGCUUACUCAUGCGCCCAUUUUGGGUAUGCCAACCGCUACUCAGCAACCCUCGUCUGAUGAUAUGUAUAGCAGCUAUGUUUAUGCUCGUCCUUUACCGAAAGCUGACCGCUCAAAAUACAACUUAUCGACGGCUAAUGUGGCACCGAAGUAUGAAAGAAACUCAAAUAUUUCGGAUGUACUUGACAAUAAUGACAAGCAAUUACAUCUGCAGACCAUGGAAUUGAAAGAUAGUACCACUUCGCUCAACGGAAUAUCUGGAGCUGGUAAUCGAAGGAAAAUAUCUACUCAUACCAAUGAAGCUUCGGAAAUGAGCUUUGAUUCGAAUUUUGAUGAUUUCGUCACCGUGUGCCACAGCGAACAUCCUACGCAACGCUCGCCAACACAAGCGUCUAAAAACCAGGAUGGUGUUGGCUCCUUCGAAUCAUGGAACUAUGUUUUUAAGAACCUAGAGCGAUCUGGCUAUUCAAAAGAUUUAGGCGAACGGGGUGAUCUUCUUGUUCAGGGUUUAGAUUUGGAUUCAAUGAAUUUAUCGAAUGGUGGCGGGGGAAGCUGCAACGGCGGAAAAGCUCCCGUUGAACGGCGCCGUUUAAAUCACAUAGAAUCGGCUAAAUCCGGCCGACAAAUUACAAAUGAUCUAGGCAAAGCGCGUACGGACGGUGAAAAGCGUGAUGAGAAAAAGUUGGGCAAACAGGAAAAAUCCAUAUUAAAACAGCAACAUCAACAGCCAGGGAAAAAAACGAAGUCUGCCUUAAAGCUAACUUCGAAUUUGCUCACAACUUCAACAAUCGACAAUAAUAAUGGCAACGGCGAAGCGCAACCGGACGGAAUCGUGCGAUUGAAGAAUCGAAAGCAAGCCGCUGCGGAAGUUGGAAACCUUCAACCACAAAUAAGUGGCCCAAGCGAAUGGAGUUGCCGGUUUUGCACUUUUCUCAAUCCCGAUACGAAACGAAUAUGUGAGAUGUGUUGCCGCAGCAAGGAUUCUAAUAUAGAAGCUACCGUGUCUCACACACCAACUUGCGUUUAAACGCAUUCAUCCUACCUUGUUACGUGUACCGCUAGGCUGACAACUAAAGUUUCGUGGAUGCACAGCAGAGCGCCUUUUUCCAAAAUUUUACAGUUGAAACGUUACUCUAAGCUGAGUUUAUUCAACUUGAUUAAAUUGUUACUCUUACGAAGUAAUCGUUUUUGUUCUGAUCUAGAAAAUUAUUAGUCAAAUCUAAACAGAACUUGAAAACGUUUAACUCGAUUGUUUAUUCUUACAAUUAAACUUUUUAGGGACGUCAUCAUAUUGUUGUUUUUUGUCUCCUUUCAUAAACUUAGAUAUGGUAGUGGAUUGAUGGACUAAAAGUAUUUCUGUGUUAUUUUUAUUUUCUUGUCGAUUCUUUUUCAUUGUUAAAUUUUUCUAGACGUAUUGUAAGCCUGUUUACUUAGGAAGUAAAAUUAAUCAAAGUUAUAAUCCUUUGGUUCCCUUAUGUGCCUCCUGUUUUAUUGUUUAACAAAUAACUAACCCCAAAUUUUCAAAUACGAAUUUGAGUGUGAAAUUUAAACUUAUUGCGGACUAAAAAAUAUGUAUAUUUUUUUAACUUAACGCAAAUAUAUACAUAUACAUAUGUACAUACAUACAUAUAUACAAAAGGUAAAUAUUAAUUAAAGCAUGGAAUAUAUUUUAUAAUUAUUUAGUGAAUCUAGAAAUGUGAAUUUGAGAAUGUUAAAAAUUGUACCUACCAAGAGUUUGUUUUAAUUAAAAAUGUUGCAAAUUUUAGCAGAAUGCCAAAUUUGGAAAUUUUGCUUUCAAAAGCAAAAAAGCUGCUUACACGUGACUUAUAUCGAAUAUUACAUUGAUGUGCACAAAUCAGAUAAGAUUUUUUCUUAUUGAUUGGAUCUAAAUCGCUAGCGAAUUUGGUCGAUCUUCAAAAACACAAAUUUAAUUUUUUUCUCUUUGACGCUAGUAGGAAAUGCCAAGGGACUUUCCAAUCUAAAGGAAUCGACGAAGCCUUUCUUCUGAUACUACCACACCGCAUCGGUGCGCAACGAAUAUGUUUAGGAAUAAAACGAAGCGAUUGCUGGAAACCCAUAAAAAUGUGUAGAAAUCGUGUUUCACUAAUGAGAUCCAAUCCUUAAUCUUAUAGAACACAGAACUAAGGUUUAUACAUAUAUUUAAAAAUCUCGUAUACCUUCAUAAAAAUAUGUACCAAUAUAAAUACAUACAUACAUAUGGUAUUAAAUAAUAGUAUACAAAAAAAGAGGGAGCUGAAUUUCGCAGAUUUACAACGGUUGUUGAAUAAAGUUUGAUAAGGCAAAAAAGAAACACUUCGCAGAAGGGCAAAUAGGCUAAGAACAUUUUUCACGA